UGCAUCAUCGGGAUAGUCGCAACUUCGGUCGCUCGUCGUUGUUAGUCGGUUAUCUAUCUCGGUGUCAAGUUGUGUACAUGUGCGAUAAAAGACUACUUAUCAGCCAGCACUUUGCGUCGUUGUAAGAGCUCAAUCUAAGGCGAUAAUUGCCGUGCAAGCAAAGGUACAAAUAAUUGCCCGUUUGAGUGGGCUUGCAGUAGAAUUGUCUUAGCUGUCGAAUCAAUUAGCAGUUCAAAUGGGCCGGUUGCAGGUCAGCUGCAGCUAUCAUAUUUUACUGUGUGUCGUUGUAGUGCUUUCUUUUGGUGUUAACGGACAAAUUCCGAAUCAUUUCCGACUACCGGUCAAUAGCGAUCCUAUUGGAUACGAUGUCGAGUUGACGGUGGAUUUGGAGCGGUCCAAGUUUUUUGGAACAGUGCAAAUCUCGCUGAAGGCAAACAAUGACUCCAAUUAUGUGACAUUGAACGCAAAGGAACUGGAUGUUUCAAAUGUGGCCCUUACGGAAGAUAGUGGAAGAAAAUUGCAACUGAUCACGUAUGUAAUGCAGAAUGAUUCGGAAAUGGUGCGGUUCAAUUUUGAUUCGAACCUGCGAUCGGCUCACACCUACCAGCUGUCAAUUGACUUUGCUGGAAACAUUACGGACGAUCUGAAAGGACUGUACAAGAGCUCGUACUAUCGUGGAACAGAGGAAAGGUUCGUCGCAACCACGUUCAAUGCAGCCGCCUAUGCACGUAAGAUUUUCCCCUGCUACGAUGAGCCGCAGUUGAAGGCAAAAUUCAAGUUGCGAAUAUUUCACAAACCGGAAUUUCGAGCGCUGUCCAACAUGCCCGUUGAGAAUCGCAGCGAAUCCGUCAAUUCCGAUAACAUGACCGUAACCGAAUUCAUUCAAUCACCCCCAAUGUCGAGCUAUCUGCUAGCGUUCGUAGUAUCGGACUUUGGAGAGAUACGGAUGGACUCCAAAUUUGCGGCUCACGCUCAGUUGAGUGUUAUCAAUUCGACACGCUAUGCUUUGAACUUCACAAGAGACGCUAUCGAGUAUUUAGGAAUAUUUUUUAAACGACCCUACCAGUUGAACAAACUGGAUAUCGUUGCAAUUGAUGAUUUUCUAAUGGGAGCGAUGGAAAAUUGGGGCCUCAUCACGUACAAGACUUCAAGGAUCGUCUAUCGUGAAGGUUUGGACAAAACGGAAAAGCUUCAGUCCGUUACGAAAAUUGUUUUCCACGAAUUGAUUCAUCAAUGGUUCGGAAACGAGGCAACCAGCGCUUGGUGGUCGUAUAUUUGGCUUAACGAAGGUUUCACCGUUUUCCUAGAAAGUUACGUCCUGGAUAAGAUGCAUCCCGAAUGGAGAACGAUGGAUCAGUUUUUGGUCAACGAAAUGCAUUCGGUGAUGGAGCGGGAUGUUCUGCCAGAUACUCGGGCUAUGACAAAACCGAUCGACACCCCCGACCAAAUCGCCGGGAUUUAUGACUUUGCAGUCUAUCCAAAAGCGGCUUCCAUAAUCCGGAUGUGGCAAUCAAUCGUCGGAAUGACAGUGUUUGAUGAUUUUCUAUUAGCAUAUCUUGCCGAUCGUAGCUAUAAAGCUGCCACGGAGGAAGACAUGAUCCGGGUGUUGCAGAAUACUGUCGAUAAACAUGGUUUGAAAUUGCCUCCGAUGAAGCAGAUCGUGCAGAGUUGGACGAGUAAUCCGUCCUUUCCUGUUGUUUCAGUCAACAGACUUGCUAACGGUUCAGCAGAAGUUACUGCACGUCCCUCGAAGACAUUCUACAUACCAUUGAAUUGGAUUUCCAAAUCAAAAAAAUCGGGCAGUGAGUGGAUCACCCAUCUGGAAGGAGAGAAGUUGAUUAAUUUGAAGGAUGUUGGCUUAGUUGAAUGGGUUAUUUUCAACCCGAAUCAGUUCGGCUAUUACCGUGUAAACUACGAUCAGAAAAGUUGGAACUUGUUCAUCGAGGCAUUGAAGCAAGAUCAUCACCAAAUUCCCACACUUAGUCGUGCUCAAUUGAUCGAUGACGCUUUGGCCUUAGCGAAAGACAAUCAACUAAAUAUUGAGAUUCUCCUAGGAAUCCUAGACUACAUUCCGACGGAGCUGGAUCUUAUUCCACUGAAAGCAGCUUUCAAGGCCUUGCGUUAUCUAAAUCGGAUGCUGCAGGGGAAUGAAUUCUUCUCGACAUAUCAGCAAUAUCAGAGUAAUUUACUGGCACAUGUGUACGAUCAAAUGUUGCGAAAUUCAAACGAUGAUCACGUGUCACGCUUGUACCGGGUGGAAGUACGAGAGGUGGCGUGUGAACUUGGCGUCCAUAGAUGCUUGCAAGAUGCGCUCGCGUUGUUUGAAGGUUUCGUAACAAUCGAUCCGGACCUUCGUGGGUCGGUGAUGUGUGGCGCGCUCAAGGGAAGUGAACACUACGAUGUGUGGGCUCUGAUGGUACGACGAAUGGUUUAUAUUGUGAGGAAUUUCGAACAGAAAAGGAUCAAUGUGGAAGAAUUCGAGGACAUCCUGUAUGGGUUUGGAUGUGUCGUUAGUGAAGAUCGCCUGGAUAAUUAUAUGAUGCUAUCGUUGUCCUACACGGAGACGUUGGAGGAAGCGGAUCGAAUUAAAAUUUUCAACUACAUUGCAAAUAGUGGAGUCAAUGGAACCAAUAUGGCUUUAUAUAGGCUGAACAAUGAUGUGAAAACGCUGAAGAGAAGAUAUGGAUCCGUGACGGAGAUUAUUAGCAACCUGAGAUACGCCAUUAACACUCCCGAGCAGCUUCAGGAGUAUAGCAAUUUUCUGCGAAACAACACGGAUGUAGAUUUGGGUCUUCUUUUGAACGACGUAUAUAACGAUGCUCAGAAAAAUGUUCUAUGGGCUAAAGAGAAGUCACCCGUAAUUUCCAAGUGGAUUUCAGCGCACAGCUUGGCAUUUUCCUUGCACAUUUCAAGGAUACUCAUUGUUGUAGGAUUUGUAGUUGCCGUUUACCCUUUCCAAUAAAGUUA